AUGAAGUUUAAUCUGUACAACUUGAACGACGAGGGACAGCUUAUUGUGAAAGCUGGAGGGCAGGAGAACGUGGAAUGGGCCAUUGUGAAAAAGGAAUUGGACAACAACGACAUCAAGCUUGGUUUUCUAUUGAAGGAAGAUCAUGACCACAUAGGAAACUGGAUGGAUCAAGAUAAUCUUUUGGGGGGUUACCGUAGGAAAUUGGUGUGCAAUCAUCGUCUACUGAAAAAGGGAUACCUGGAUGACAACAAACUACGGGAGAUAGAAGCCAGGGGAUGUUUUACUGAGGAAGAUUUGAAACUAUUGGAACUUGAUCAGAGUAAUCCUGGAUACAAAAGAGACUCCUUUUGUCCAAUGGGCGCAUCAGUGAGGCGGAUCUUGAAUUUGCAAGAGCAAGAGUUUUCUCUGAAGUAA